AUGGAGGGGGGCAUGGGCUUCAGAUACUUGUUUGCAUUAAACCUUGCUAUGUUAGCUAAACAGGGUUGGCGGAUUAUUCAGAACCCGGACACUCUACCAGAUAUUGUGACCAAUAUCUUGGCCUUGCUUGUUAGCUCCCAUGGAUACCAGGAUCGCUGGAUUUGGUUUGAAGAUAAGAAAGGUAAAUUCAUUGUCAAGUCUGCAUAUCACUUGGCUCGGAAGCGUGUUUUGAAUCAUGAUACACACCCCAAUUCGAGCUUCUUAUUGUGGAACAGGCUCUGGAAGGCUCCUGUUCCUAGUAAAGUCAAAAUUUGUGCUUGGAAAGCUGCCUUAAAUAUUCUUCCUACACGAAGUCGACUGAGUGAACGUGGUAUUGAUAUUGAUACCCAAUGUUCAUUUUGUGCGGAAGAAACAACAAAUGUUCAUGACUGGUUAGCUCUCUUGGCUUUUACUACUCUUGAUGCCUUUCAUAUUGUUCUUAUGUUACUUUGGGCUAGGAAUGUGAAAGUAUGGGAAGAUGAAGCUAAAUUAGCAGUCGAGAUAGUUCCUCUUACCUUGGGUUGGUGGACAGAGUUUAAACUAGCUCAUGCCCCUUCAUGUGGUCCUAGAGCUGCCUCUAGAGCUACCUGGAAAAAGCCUUCGGCUGGUUUUAUUAUACUGAAUGUGGAUGCAUCGUUUGACCCUAUUACUGGAUGA